AUGGCAUCGAUGAAAGCAGGUACGCAUUUUGAAAAUGAAGACAAUGGGAACGUGUCGACGAACAGCGUAACGCUGACGCGCCAUGCGGUACCAGCUGCGUGGAAAGGGUCAUCGUCUUUGCCGUAUACUAUGGUAAGUUGCUUCUCCUGGGCUGACUUGUCCGACAGUGAAUCAGAUGAUGAAAAUCAGACUUCGAGACCAGGUGCGGACUUGAGCAAGGGCGUUUCAAUCAUCGAAGAGAGCAAGAGCAUGGAUGAUCAAGUCGCAAACGCCUUGAACAAGACCGUCUACGAUGAUUUGUCGAUACAGCUUAGCCCAUUGACAAGCGGAACCCCGACUGCAAGUAGCAAUUGGCUCCGGAGUCUUGAGGCUCGUUCUGCGCUGAACCUUAUACAUGAGUCGUGCCUUGGUCACUCUAGUACGACAGAGGUGAAAGCAAAUGUGAGUAAGUUUCCCGAAAACGGCGAUCGAUCAGACCCGUAUAGCUCGGUUUGUGAGAGCUUCGAUCUCUUUGGGUACGCGAGUCGCAGCUGCGCGCGUUCAGCGCCAGGCAAAGUUGCAUCUUCGCGCAACUGCGCAAAGGCAUCGCAGGGUACUAUAGAGGCGGCGGACGCAGAGAUCGCGUUGCUACCUCUACGCGGAGAGAAUCCGACAGAAAUGGGUGCGCAGCAGGGGCACAAGCUUUGGCAGUCUUCCCGAGCUCUUUUGGAAUCUACCCGCCGUCAUGGCUGCCAUCGCAAUGAUUACAAUGAACGUAGUAGCGAUCAGGGGUUUUCUCUAUAUGCUGCCGUAGCGGAGCGCGUAGAACUCGAAGAAGUCAUCGAUGCUGCAGAGCGUGCCUCAAAAGCGAUCACAAACGGUGGGGCUCGUCUCGAGCGACCCUACCGAUCGGGUGCAUCGGGUGCCUAUCUCAUUCGGAAUGCCACAGGCACGCAGAGCGUGUUGGGAAUAUUCAAACCGUUUGACGAGGAAACUGCUGGUACGGAGCUGCCUUUGCAACCAGCGCGCAUGUAUUUCCAUCCCGCCGAGGGUGCAUUUAAGGAAUGUGCAGCGUAUUUACUGGAUCACGGGCACUUUGCGAAUAUUCCGCAAACAGCUCUCGCAAAAUGUGAGCUUGUGGACAACUGCGGCGACACAAUGACGAGGAAGACCAAAUGCGGUGCAUUUCAAGUGUACUACAGGAACCGCGGCGACGCCGAAGACUUUGGCCCUGGUGUUUUCGAUACUGAAUCAGUCCAACGCAUCGCCGCUUUUGAUAUACGAGUGCUGCAGUGCGAUCGGAACGCAUCGAAUGUGCUCGUGUGUGACACUUCAGAGCUGCUUCGGCACCGAGGCCUUUUGAAGGACUCGGAAUCAUGCGAAAAGGAAUGCAAACAGGCCUCGCAGCGAACCCAAAUGCAACUUGUCGCGAUCGAUCAUGCGUACAUUUUGCCAGAGCAGGUGCCGACCGUUCCUCGGGCAUGCUGGAUGGAUUGGACGCAAUCCCAGGAGGCUGUGUUGGACUCGGUUCGGCGCUACGUCUUGGGACUGGACUCAUUCGCGGAUGUGAAGUUGCUGACGCGCGAACUUGGACCACGUGCGCUUCGCAAGGGCAGCUUGCGCAGCCUCUGUGUUGGCACCCUGCUUUUGAAGCUUGGAAUCCAAGCAGGGCUCACACUCUACCAAAUCGGUCUGCUUGUGUACGGAGACGCAUCCUCGACCCGCUCUGCAGAGUCUUGGCAAUCAACUCGUGCUGCCCGUUCGCACAGAACACAGGACUCGUCUCCUGAGGAUUACGGUCGAGCGGAACAGAGUCGUUUUGAAGGUCGAAGCAAACUGGAAACUGCCGUUCUGGAAGCGGAACGCGUUUGUGCUGCACGAGACAAGCGGCUACAGUCGUUAUUUUGCGAGCGUCCUACGAAACCUGUUGGGUCACUCUACGUACCGCUUGUGGAUGACGAUUAUGGAGUCUUUGCGUUUGAGGAGCAGCUUCAGGCAGCAAUAGCGACAUCAACAUCAAGUGGACCGAUAACAGUAUCCACAGCCAUCGCUGGGCCCGAGCAACAGCACCAAGAGCACCAACAACCACGCAAUACCUCUGCCGACGCGGAAACGCCAUCGAACAAGACGCAGGGUAUGUUCCACUGUUUCGAUGACGCCGAAGCGGAUUUAGUGCCCAUCUGCGCACUGGAAUCGCCGUUUUUCUGCAAGUACCUCUCCAAACGCCUUACGAUCGAAAUCGAAAGGCUGAAGCAGAGUGCGCCAGGCACCAACUCCGUUGCCGAGUCAGGUUCCGUCCAGAGUCUCAUGGAUAUGAUUGCUGCGCGCCGUUCCAUGUCGCCGGAAGCACCUGUAGCGAAAACCAGUGCUCCUGCGAGCGGCAGUAGUCACCCGAAGCACUCUGGUAUACGUCGUUGCUCGUCGGAGCCCAACCUUCAGAUACCAUGA